AUGGAGGACUAUGCUGGAGUGGAAAAGCUGAGCCUGAGGGCAAGUGUGACUGAGUUGAGACCCCAAGAGUCACUCGAUGUCGGAGCGGGGGUGAGGAUGGGCGCUGGACCCAAGGUCCAUCUUCAGCCUGUGGAUGUCCCCAUGCCGGAGCCAGGAGCUGAGCCUGAACUGGUCCAUAACUCCAUGGGAAGCUCACCUCUAGCUGCCCAAGCGUAUGCGCUAAAGGAAGAGAACGAUAGUCUUCGGUGGCAGCUGGAUGCUUACAGGAAUGAAGUGGAGCUCCUGAAACAGGAGAAAGGACAGCUCUUUCGAACAGAAGAAAGCCUUACGAAGGAUCAGCAGCUGCAGUUCCUGCAGCAGACAAUGCAAGGCAUGCAGCAGCAAUUGCUGAGCAUACAGGAAGAAUUAAAUAACAAAAAAUCUGAACUGGAGCAAGCCAAGGAAGAGCAAACACAUACACAAGCAAUGCUUAAAGUCCUGCAGGAACAGUUAAAAAGCGCCAAGGAAUUAGCAGAAAUCAAUGGGCAUGAUGAAUCUCAGGCAAAUGAAAUCAAUGUAUUGACAGUAGCAUUGGUCAACCAAGACAGAGAAAAAAAUUCGGAGAAAAGAAGCCCCGGUCUAAAAUCAGAGAAAGAGGCACUAUUAAUAGGUAUCAUAUCCACAUUUCUUCACGUCCAUCCUUUUGGAGCCAAUAUAGAAUAUCUUUGGUCUUAUAUGCAGCAGUUGGACUCUAGGAUCUCUGCAAAUGAGAUAGAAAUGCUUUUGAUGAGACUGCCACGCAUGUUUAAACAAGAAUUCACUGGUGUAGGAGCAACACUGGAAAAGAGGUGGAAGUUUUGUGCCUUUGAAGGAAUUAAAACUAUCUGACUGUGACUAGUAAUGAAGCUAUGCAGAAGAAGAAUACCUAGAGCAUGGCAGGGUUCUAAAGUAUUAAAGUAAGAAAUUUGGGGUUGGGCACAUAGUAGUAUGUUUUCAAAGUUAUCCAAGCCUAAUUUUAGUUACAUUUGUGAUGUUCUCUUGUGAGUGGAAAUGUAGUUGUGCACCAGUUCCUAAAAUAAAAUAAAAUUUUUAAAAAAAGUUUCAAAAUGUGACAGAUCUGUUUCCUAUGAAAACUGAAGAAAGACACCACAGUCAUAAUGAUUUCAGAAUACUACAUGUCCUACAUCUAAGAAAAGCUCAUUGAGCAAACAGUUAAAGAGAAAGAUUGCCCGGUUAUGAUCGCUAAGCUACAGCGAUAUAUAUGUAAUAUAUAGUAGAGCUCAUUAAGUUUCGUUAUUGAAAGUUCUUUCUGUUUAGUAAGAAAAUUGAGUAAUUUUACAGUGAGGAAAAGCAUACCAAAAGAAAACUUGAAAAUGUGUCUGAAGUUAUUGUAUUUUGUAAAUUAAGUUAUAUGCUGUACCAGGGAUUUUUGCCUUAUUGAAAGAGGCCUGAAAAUGUGAUUGGAGUCCUCAAGAAUGCUUUAUCAAGAAUAUUAUUUUUCUAAUGUAACUAUUCUCCAUUACAAGUUCUUUUAACAUGGAUUGCAUAUCAAUUUUCAUAAACAUGUAAAUAAGGAGGAAACCAGUGUUACUGUAUUGUAUUUGGUAUGUAACAUUCAGGUUUAUGCAUCAAAAUAAAUAUUCAGUUGCAUUACUGUUACAAAUUUUAUAGCAGAUAUAUUAAUUUUUAUCAAUAAAUAUGACUUCUACCA